UACUCGUCGGAGCACUCGGAGCUAGUUGGUGUGAAAUAACGGACGUGUGUCCUCCUGCUUGCAAAAGACUCUCUCUCCUGGCUUGCGCGCAGUAUAGCUAUAGCCUCUAUAUAUAUCCAAGGGCAAGAAAGGGAAUAAGCAUAGAAGAAGAAGACUCGUGCUGCUUUGAAAAGUUGGACGUGUCCCGCCCGUUCGCCGUCAUUCCCCUCCCCACCCUUCUCUCUGCGUUUGAUUCCCUCUGUGUGAGCUGCUUGAGGACUUGGGUGCUGCUGGCCCGUUGAAACCAAUCGAUAAGAGCUUUGAAGGUUCGCGCUUAGAUUCUAGCUGAGCUUCGACUGUAUAGCUCUCUCUUUUGCGGCGUUUAGGUUUGUCGAGUCUUCGAUCGAGUCUCUUUUAUUCCAUUUUUUUAUUUUGCGGUUGUUUGUUUCGUUGUUGCACUUUUCCCCCAACACAGAUCUGCUGAAAUAUUUUUCAAGCCACACUCGCAAAGAGACACUUUCCUUUUGAGACGCGCAGGAAAGCCAAAGAAAAAAAGAAGAGAUGUAUAGGAAAAGAGCCCCAGUUCAUAAAUGUCAAACGAGUGCAGUCGGCUGCUAGCUUCGUUGUUGCAUUGUUGUUGUACAACUACAGUGAGAGUUAAACAAUCUCAGUACGGUUCGGAGGAUUUGUUAUGAUGGCGUGAAUCGAAAUUUCUUUGUUGGCCUAAAAUCUAGUCUUUAUAUACAUAUAUUUCGUGUUUCAUUGUUUUCCGAAGAGAGAGAAAGAAAAUGACCAGUUUAAAAGAAAGUCGUCAAGAUCUUCCCGAGUCUUCUCCGACGUACUGCAAUUGUCAAGACGCUGCCAAUAGUCACGUAUAUCUGCAGCAACGAAGCUACGUCCGAUUCAAUUUUAGUCAAUUGUGCCGUUUCACUGUCUCGCUGCCCCUAAUUGGUCUCGUCAUCUGUUUUGUCUCUGCCAACAUCUUCCAGCAAAAUGACAUCCACGAAACACACUGCAGGGUUUAUAAUGUCAUUCCUUCAAUCAGUGCAAUCACUGGAAUUAGUCCCCAGCGUUACAUCUGGAGAAUUGUUAUCGCCCUCCAUGUGGGCCCAAGAUUUCUCACCUCACUUGUCUAUCACCGAUUUUACUUGAACCAACUGUCAAGAGUCAGCCAGCCCAACAAGAAAAGCUACCUCUUUCACGUUUGGCUGGCUCUUUCGCUGAACCUGAUUGAACAGGCUGCUCUAAUUGGUGUUACAUAUGUCUCCAACAGAGAAAACUAUCCUAUUCACGAAAAGAUCUUCAUUGUUUUCAUGGUCAGCUCCCAAGUACACAUGCUAAUUGUGCUGAAAUUACUUAAAAUGGCUGAUUUCGGUCGAGAACAGCAGUCUGAGCAGCGCUCCUAUUUCUUCAAACGCUGUCUCUUCUAUUUGUCUCUUCUUUGCACCUUCGGUCUUUUGAUCUUCUUCGUCAAACAUCGGGUGUAUUGCCAUGACAUGGCAUUUAGUUGGUUUUCGUUCUUUGAAUACUGGAUUGCCGCAACCAACAUGGGCUUCCACGCUACCAUUAUUAUUGAUUUCCCAGACGAAGAUAUAAUUGUGGGAAGCAACUGGAAAAGUUCCAAAACAAAGAUCAAGUGAAUAACAGCAUGUUUGCAAACGUCUUAACACUUUUUCUCUUCCAUUACUCUAUUGAAUUUAAAAAAAGGAAACAAUUGUCAUUUAUGCGCAUAGUUCAAAUCGCUCUACUGUAGAUCUGCACUUCAAUUAAUGCAGCUGCACGUUUCCUCUUGUCAUUUCGAAAACUCUUUAUCACAAGGCCUCGACACUUAACUCACGAAGCCCUAAUAUAUGAUCUCAAUAAAUUACUUCUACUUUCCCUGUUGGAAUUCUACUAAACCAAAAAGUAUCUAAUGUGAAAACUUUCUCAACUUAUUUCUUUGCAUGGAGUCAGUUUCACCUUUUAUCUCGUUCGUGUUGAACCCCGUGAAAAAGUAAUGAAAGAAAAUACAGAUUUUACUCCAGAAUGUGAAA